UCCACCCCAGACGUGAACACUGUCCCAUAUCUACGAAUGUUUCGACGCGUUGGAAAUGGCGGUGACCCGUCGUCCGCACGGGGUUACCGAUGGCGAUCAUCCAACACUUUUAUCAUCAGCAGCAUGUCUAUGGCUCUAUUUACUGACGAGAUGCUUUUUGCUUUCAUGGUACCUUUGCUUCCAUUCAUCCUAGAAAACCGCAUCGGAGCGAAGGAAACAGAGACCCAGCGACUAACCUCUGCCUUCUUGGUCGAGGGAGCUUUGAUAUCAAUAGUCUCUGGUCCCUUAAUUGGUGACAUUGCCGACCGGGUCAACUCCAAGAAAAUGCUUUUACUGAUCCUGCUGGUGCUCACUCUCAUCAGCGUUGUGUGUCUCUCAGUCACGACCUCGUUGGCGGGGCUUUUCGUCGGCCGUUUAUUCCAAUCGAUUGUCAGUAAUGGACUUUUCAUCGUAAGUCUGGCAACGUUGGCGGAGAGUAUUGGACCCGAGCAUAUGGGCAAGAUUGCCGGGUUGGCCUCGACUCUUUCGGCUGCGGGGACUUUUGCCGGUCCUGUCAUCGCGGCCUUUCUAUUCGGCUUUGGAGGAUACUGGACUGCCUGGGCAGGCGCCUUUCUAUUCCUCGUGGUCGAUAUCAUCAUGCGGCUUUUGAUGAUUGAAAAGCCAUCGCACAACCCAAAUGACCCACAAAAUCAGUCUCGCGGUGAGACUACUGUUGAGGAUACUGAGCAAGCCCCGUUGCUGGGUGAAGGGCAGUCUGAGGCUGCCACGGCCGUGACAGAAGUCCAAGGCUGGCAAUUUUAUGUCUUGCUGCUACGACAACCCCGCUUCGCCGCAGGGAUCUUCUGCUAUUUCGUGUUUUCUCUCUUGAUCGGAUGCUUUCAGACAACGUUUGCGAUACAUGUACGAGAGGCAUUUGGAUGGGGGGUUUUCCCUGUGGGGUUGCUAUUCGCUGCACUUCAAGGACCCGGUAUGGUUCUCUCCCCGCUUGUGGGAUGGUUGAAGGAUCGAAUGGGCUCUCGUACCCCGACGACUUUCGGAUUCUUAUCCCUUGCCCCAUUCCUGUGGCUUCUUGGGGCCGCUGGAGAUGAUCGCCUUCAAUGGGCGACCGAGGGCCAAAGGGGCAAGAUUAUCUUCGGUGUAUGCACGGGCAUGAUCGGAUGUUUGAUAUGCUUACUCAAUGGAGUUGGCACCAUGGAAGCAACCGAAACAAUUGAUGCGCUCGAGGCACGCUACCCCGGCGUAUUUGGCCAAGGCCGUGGGUAUUCCCGGGCGAUUGCUUUGACAGGUAUGAGCUGGAUGAGUGGUCUCUUGGUCGGACCGAUCUUGGCUGGAAUUAUAGUGGAACGAUUUGGAUUUUUCGAGUUACAGUUCAUACUCACCUUAACUUCUAUUUUGGCUGGGCUCGUGGCAGCAUUCAACCUUAGCCCUGUGGCUAGAGAUAAACGUGUAUCUGAAUAG